CCUCCCUUCUCUCCCUCUGCACCCUUGCACACCAGAGAGGAGCUGCUGUAAGAGAGGAGUGUGUGGGAGAACAGGAGAAGGAAGAGGUGGCCGUGGUGGGUGUGGGUGUGUGUAAGGACACGGACUCGCUUCUUGUUCUUGCACUUGCAGUCGGCGAGGGAGCCCGAGGAGACCUGGUGAGCCGCAGUAAGCGGACUUCUGCUAGGAAGAUGCUGAAAGUCACCGUACCCACCUCUACUUCCUCCUCCAGUUCUUCCUCGUCUACCUUGUCUGGGAACGCCUCGGCCACUCCCGACUAUUGGAUCGAGGGCUCCAAUAAAGAUUCUUUGGAUGAUUUCUUCGAGGUGGAGACGGAGCUGGGACGGGGUGCUACAUCAGUUGUGUACAGAUGUAUCCAGAAGGGGACACAGAAGCCUUAUGCUCUCAAAGUGCUAAAGAAAACAGUGGACAAAAAAAUAAUUCGAACUGAAAUAGGAGUCCUUCUUCGCCUUUCACAUCCCAACAUCAUAAAACUAAAAGAGAUAUUUGAAACACAAGCAGAAAUCAGCCUGGUUCUGGAAUUGGUCACAGGAGGGGAACUGUUUGAUAGAAUUGUGGAAAAAGGCUAUUACAGUGAGCGUGAUGCAGCACAGGCAGUUAAGCAAAUCCUGGAGGCAGUUGCCUACCUACAUGAAAAUGGAAUUGUUCAUCGUGAUCUUAAACCUGAGAAUCUUCUCUAUGCAACUCCAGAACCAGAUGCACCACUCAAAAUAGCUGAUUUUGGACUUUCUAAAAUUGUGGAGGAUCAAGUUACCAUGAAGACUGUAUGUGGAACACCAGGAUACUGUGCACCUGAAAUUCUUAGAGGAUGUGCCUAUGGACCUGAAGUGGAUAUGUGGUCCCUGGGAGUAAUCACCUACAUCUUACUUUGUGGAUUUGAACCAUUCUAUGAUGAAAGGGGAGAUCAGUACAUGUUUAAAAGAAUUCUCAACUGUCAUUAUCGCUUUGUCUCCCCCUGGUGGGAUGAUGUCUCUUUGAAUGCUAAGGAUCUGGUGAGGAAACUGAUUGUUUUGGAUCCUAAGAAGCGUCUGACCACCUUCCAAGCUCUGCAGCACCCUUGGGUCACAGGGAAGGCAGCUAAUUUUAUACAUAUGGACACUGCCCAAAAGAAACUCCAAGAAUUCAAUGCACGGAGAAAGCUUAAGGCUGCAGUGAAAGCAGUGGUGGCCUCCAGCCGACUGGGCAGUGCCAGCAGCCACAGUAACACCUGCCUUCCAGACACCUGUCAGUCCAACCUUACUCCAAUAUCCCAUGAAGACAGUGAGGGGAAAGAAAGUACAUCUCAGAAGGAAAUAGAAAUUCAAAAACAUAGCUCCACCGAGGUAGUAAUUGCAGUAACAGAACCUCAGGAUGAAAUAGAAAUAGAAGUAAGUGACAACGAGGAACCCCCAAAAGAACCUGAGGCUGCAUCAGAAGCUACAUCAGAAGCUGCAAUAGAAGCUGCAGCAGAACCUGCAGUAGAAGCUGCAGCAGAAGCCGAAGCCGAAGCAGAAGCCAAAGCAGAGGCCUUACCUAGAGAAGGAGAAAUCCUGGAAGUCAGUGCGCAAGAAGGGGAAGGGCUGCAAGAGUCCUAAAUCACCCCUUUCCCAAUAGAGGGCUGAAGCUAGUCACUUUCAUGCAUGGGCUAAUUUGUCCUUCAGCCAGGAAGAUUUGUAAGUGUGACCCUCACUGUAGUGGUUCUGUUUUUGAGGUGCAAAACAAUGUGUAAUAAUACAUCAGCUGGUGACCCUAACUCUAAUGCAUGUGACUGCUUAUGAAUAGUAGUGUCCUCUAAUGGCAUGUAACGGAUUACAUGUAAUGUUAUCUAAUAGCAACAAGUGAAAUUUGACAGUGAGUAAACACAGCAUAACACUUAAACUUCAUGUAUAUUUGCAGAGGGCAGAAGUUAAUGUUUGAAGUGAAUCAUAUUUAUAUUUUCUGUUUGCAAAACUUAGCCUUCUAAGGGAGAUAUCUGAUUUUUGCAAAAUGGUAGUUAUUUCUAUUGGCAUACUGAUCAUCUGCUACAUGUUGUUAUGAAACCAUUUAAAUGGUUUUUUAUUCAUAUGUAAAAACUGUUUACAAGAAGAUAGAAAAUAGAUGUACAGUAUAUGCAAAAACAUUCCAUAAAUUCUGGUAUGAAAUUGAAGCAUUACUUUCAAGGGCCAUGAAGCUAUAUGCCCCUCCAGCUUGUGUUGCGAAUGCCUUACUAUACCUUUAACUGUUUAUAUACUCUAUAUUACUAAUAACCAAAAAGCUCUUUCAUAGAAUUCUGCCAUUUCAUUAUCCUGGCAAAUUUUCAAUACAACUGGGUUGGUCCCUAUUCCCUUCUGAACCUUCACAGGAAUCCUUUUGAAGAAAAACUCUUUAGAGGGUGAUGAGAGCUAAGCCCGUGUAGAGUAGCAAAAAAUAAUAGGGUCCUUGUCAUUUUUUAAAGAUAUAAUUAUACUUGUCCAGUAGUUUAUAAAACUAUGUAGCUAAAAAAGCACUAAUUUUUAUGGAUAAAAUCUGUAAUUACCAAGUUUUAAAUACUUAGAAAAAUCUUCCAAGGCUAAAUCUUAUGAAAGUAAUUUUUAAAAAUAAAAUCAUUACCAACUUUGCUAUAGCUUAGGAAACCUUUUUUGCCAUUAAAAGUCAUCUUCCCUUGUUUGUUAAACAGAUAUAAUGUUUAUGAACUAAAGCAUCUUCAACAAAGGUACUUUGUGUGUUUUUAUGCUCCAAACUAGUGGUUUCUGAAUUUCACAAAAAAGAAUUUUUAAAGUGUCUAUGUUAGAGAUAUGUGACAAUAUCAUAUUAUUUUACUUUUUUAUUGAAACAUUGAUCUUAGAGAACUGAGAUCCCAAUAUUCCUUUAUUCUGAUUGUUUUCAUUUUAAAAUAAACUCUUUUUUGGGUUUUAUAGUACAUUUUCCCUUUUUAACAUAGAAUCCAGUGAUUCACAGAAAUUAGGCUAAUAAACAUGUAUAAUUUUUUAAGUUCAAGUUAAAUAUUUUAUCAAGUCAAAGGCUUAUAUGUUUUAUAAGCUUAUUUAUUAUAAUCUAUUAUCUUUCUGGUAAAACUGAAAAGUCAAUUGACUACAACCAGAGCUGUAAUGAGACAUUUGUUUUUUCCAAAUAAUGGUUUAGAAAUUGCUACCCCCCUACUCACUGCACUAUUACCAUUCAGUAGUGGCUUUGAGCCUUCUUAUUAACCAUACAUAUUACUAUGAGGUAAAUCCCUACAUGAAGAACAGAAAUUUAUGGCAUUAAGAAUAUGUAUAUUUGUAAAAAGUAAUAUUGAAAGUGCCCCUUACUGUGCUCUACUUCACAUUUCAUGGCAAAUGGCUACAUACCUUUCCUAUCUUUAGCUUUUGGCUCUAAAUACAACUUUAAAAUCCUCGUUGAGUAAUCUAAUAAGUUUUCUGAUAUAUGUAAUUUUCAUUUCUUUUGGCCCCUUCCUCUAAAACAUACAUUGGAAAAUAAAAUUACUUCACUUCCCGAAGAUCACUAGAGUUUUACUGAAGGUAUGUUUCCAAAGUUCUUCCUUUCUCCCUUCUUCCACUCUGAAGAAAAGGUGCUUAUUGGUGAACAAAGAGGAAGAGAUGUCCUGUUCUACAGGUGAAAAUUGUUCUAUUUACUGGUCCUUGAUUUAAUUUAACUCGACAGGGGUAAGCUGGAUGAGUUCUUUGCACAAGUGUGGCAGCAAUGACUUACAAAUGGUGCUUUUUAUAUUCCAUCUUUUUUUUUCCACAUGACAUAGAAGCUCACUAUUUUCUAAUCUGGGUGAAUACUAGGGCAAUAAGAAAAAACAUUUAUUUUAGAAAGACUAGCUAUCAUCUGGAAAACUACUUCCUCAUGGUCUGUUCUGAGUAAAAUUAUCUAACAGAAAUGUCAUAUCUAUCCCACAUUUCAAGGAGCAAUGGCAGGUUAGGGCAUCAAGCUGUAAGUCAAUAAAUUAACCUACCGGAAUCACCACCAUUCAUUACCUUAAUCAUUGUUAUUACAUUGUUAUCCUUGAUUUGGGCAGCCAUGCCCAAAUACAUGUUGCCCCUUUACUCCCUCAUAACA